CUCUGUAUCUCAACUCUGUCGUAUACUGUCCCUCAGCCUCGAUGUUGUAUCUUUUGAAUCCUUAAAAAGCUAUCAAUACAGUCUUGAUGUCAUUUUCGGACGCGGAUAUGCGUCAACCCUGAAGACGAGACCUCACCCAAGAUCAGAGUAAAUCUAGCCGACAUGGAGAAACAAGAUUAUUCCGUCCAGCCGGGAACAGAGGUCAACAACAAUACCGAUGCAGAAGCCGCUGUCCCCCUCACAGACUUCGAAAAGAUCGAGCCAACUGCUUCCAUUGGCGCGUCAUUAGCACCUACUUCGACAAAUCCAUAUGGGAGUCGGCCAGAAUGUUUCAGCAGCCUGCUCCAGGAAUGUCUAUUCGUCCUCACUACCACCGUGGCUGUCGGUCAAUCGUCAAUCUUUACAGGUGCCAUCCUAUGUAUGACCAACACCAUCGGCCAGGAUCUGAAUAUGUCGGCUGCAGAAGUUAGCUGGAUUUCUGCCGCUCAGUUGCUGUCUGCCGGCUCGUUUCUGCUUUUCUUCGGUAGGGUAGCGGACCUUUUCGGCAGGAGGCUGCUGUUCCUGCUUAGCUUGGCAUUCUUCACCAUUUGCCUGGUCGUCGUCGGGUUUGCCACGAACGCUAUGUAUAUGGACAUCUUCUGUGGACUGCUCGGUCUCAGCUCCGCAGCCUCGGUGCCUCCAGCCAUUGGGAAAUUAGGAGCCGUGUAUAACAAGCCUUCAAGGCGCAAGAAUCGAGCAUUUGCGUGUUUCAGCGCCGGCAAUCCUGUGGGAUUCGUGCUGGGAGCGUUUAUUUCUGGCGUCACGAUGCAGGUUUCGACUUGGAGAGCGGCAUUCUGGGUGAUGGCCGUCAUUUACGCCUUCUUCACACUGGCCGCAUGGUGGACGACACCGGCCGACACGGAACAGAAACUCGGCGGGUUCAAUAUGCAGACAUUCGUCAAAUUCGAUCUUCUCGGGGCGUUUCUAGCAGUUGCUGGGGUCGCAAUGUCUACCGCGUCCCUGAGCUUGGCUAGUGACGCUCCGGAGGGAUGGCGGACACCAUAUGUGAUUGCCCUGCUGGUGGUGGGUCUCGCUCUUGUCGGAGGAUUUGUCUACUGGCAGAGUGUGUUUCGAUAUCCGCUGAUGCCGUUGAAAGUCUGGAAGGACCGAAAUUUCAGCCUCGUCGUCUCGGUCCUGGUUCUUGGGUUCUAUGGGUUUAGUGGCAACUUCUUUUGGUUGACCCUCAUGUGGCAGCGAAUCCAUCAUGUGUCGCCACUGAUGGUUGCCGUUCGUCUCCUUCCAGCUGGGAUUGGAGGUAUUCUGGUCAAUGUCCUGGCGGCGCUCAUCAUGCACAGAGUGAGCAACAAAUUGAUCAUGGGUGUGGGAGCCGUCAGUCAGAUGAUUGCUUGCGCACUAUUGAGCGCAACCUCCAACUCGAUUUCAUACUGGGCACUGACGUUCCCAGCUCUCCUGUUCAGCGUCCUUUCGCAGGAUCUGGAAUUCACGGUGACCAAUAUGUACGUCAUGUCCAGUUUGUCCAAUGAUCAGCAGUCUGUUGCUGGAGGGCUCAUCAACACUGUGAUUCGGUUGGUGGCAACCAUAGGACUCGGUAUACAAACAAGUAUAUACAAUAGCACAGGAGGGUCUGCCGAAGGGGCGGGUGCUGUGAAGUACCGACCAUAUCAAACCACAUUCUGGGUGGCGUUGGUUGGGGCGGUACUGGCCAUAUUCUUGGUGCCUUUCCUCACAAUCGGGCGACAGGGGGGUCAUAAAUAAGAUCUAGAUAGGAUAUUGUUUGCCCACUGUAAUUAAUACACC